GCGAGCAAGUGUGAUCAUGAGCGAGUGUGAUCAUCAGCAAGUUUGAUCAAGGCGGGAUGUAUGCCAUAAAGUACAUUGAUAGCAAGUACAACGUUGAGUAAUGUUAUAUUUUGCAUCAGUUCUUUGGACCCUGUUGUUGGGUUCCUGCGAGGACCUCUCUUGGGUGCGCAUUUAUCAUACAUUCUGUAUGUCACAUAUGCAGAACAGACAACCAAUGUCUGUCAGAUGGACUCUGGAUGGUGAUGAAUGCUGGUUUUGGGUACAAGGUUGGACAGCAAAGAGGGUGUAUGCAUUGAGAAGCACAACUUACACUCAAUUCCUCACAUACAGUCGAUACGGCGGUCAAGGCUAGGGCGGCUUUACGUGAGACAGAUCUUGCUGAAUCGGUUCAGCUAUCAAAGAGUCAAAGAGGUUGUUUUCAAUCGUACAUUCAUUGAGAUUGUU